UGGUGGUGAAAUACUCCCUGCUACUGUUUCAAACAGCAGCAAAUACGAAUACAUGAACGUUUACUUUUAAUAUUAUUACUUUAUUCAUCAGCUACAGAAGCUUUUUUUUUUAAAUCUAUUUUUUGUUCGAAAGUAAUUUCGUUGAAGAUUUCACUGCAACUCCUAACAUGAUGAACAACGCAUCGAAGACGUUUUUUUUUAAAUCUAUCUUUGUAUUACUAUAUAGUGUUAUUUGUAUGGAGGAACUCUCCCGCCCUGAGCUGAGACCCAACGAUGCUCAAUCUGGUGCUGAGGAAAGGCGUGCAGUGAUUGGAGACGAUUUCACGUUUUCUCUACGUUCAAAUAAAUCAAACCUGCAGGUUGAGUUCAGGCCUAAAUCUGAAGAAAGUGUGCACGUGUGGUUUGUCAUCAACACCACCGUGAGAUGUGACUUCAAAGAGUAUGAGCGGAGAGUGUCAGUCCGAGACAAGGUGUUACACCUGAGCAGCGUGACCAAACGAGACGAGGGGUCUUACACUGUCUGGGAGAAACGAUCGAGCAAGGCUGUCCAAAACGUCCGUCUCUCCGUGCAAGGUCGCAAGGAAAACGUCACACUGUCAAACGGAGGAACCAAGGAGAUUCGACUCGACCGAAAAAAUGUAACCGUGUGGUUUAAACCUAAGGGCGCUGUCAACUCCUCCAUUGUCGAUAGCGCAGCAGGGUUUGAACAGCACGUGUCUGUCCAGGAUGGAGUGCUGACGCUGAGGAGCGUGACCAAAGAAGAGGAGGGGACCUACACCGUGCUGGAUCCCGAGCAGCAUGAGGUCAGCACCAUCACUGUAACUGUGGAAGACUCAACUGGAACUGAAAGGAGAAGUCCCUUUGGCCUGAUAGCAUUUGCUGCCCUGGUCUUUAUUCUUGUUGCUUUGUUAAUGUGGAAGGGAUUAAAACUCAGAACGAGCAACAUGUAGAAAUGCUAUAGGCUUUAGCAAAUUAUUGUUGGGAGUAGAUGGUGAGUGUAUGGAUGCUUUGGACGAUAAUGACGUUUUCAAUGAUCAGUUAUUGGCUGUAAAUUAUCAUGUUAAUUUAGGCUGAAUAUUAUGUACAUUUUUUUGUAACAUGUCUUGUUAUUGAAAAAUUGUGCACAAAGCAAAUGACACUCAACCCUAUUUUCACUGUUUUCAUUUAUGUAUGUUUAACUACAUGAUAGUGUCGCAAGUAACGCUGAAUCAGCUAGGCUGGUCAGUAAAAUAUUGACUCCUUUUGCAUGGAGGAUCUCAGUAGCUACAGCUGUUGGUUCAUCAAUUGAAUCAGAUUCAGUUGUAUUGUGUCUGCCAACUGAUGAUGUGAGGCAGAACAGUAAUUGGAUACCAGAAAAUAUGAAUAACAGUGAGUUUUGGCCUCCUUCAGUGUUCUGGAUGGAAGGCGUACCUCGCAAAGUGACUCUGUGCAAACAGAAGGGAAUGUAUAGUAACAAUGUGUACAGAUCCAGAAAGGAGGUCAUUUAGUGAAAUGGGCACAUCUAGGUAAAUUGGAAUGUGUAGAAGGUGUCCCAGCUAAACGUGUCCAAGUAUCUUGUAGGUACGAAGUGAGGAAGAUGGCGUCUCACACCUGUGAUGCUAAACUUUGGAUAAAGGGGCCUGUUGUCGUUUUCGCGGAACCAACCAGAGCUGAACCCGGCACAGAAGUUGAAUCCUGCUGGGAACGCUGGGAUAUGCAGGACAUGGACUAGGCAAUUUCAAAUAUGGAAUGUAUUAUAAAAUGAAGUGUCAAAGAUAUUAGGAAGGAUAAAGAAAGAGUAUCCUUGUACCACCAGUAGGUGGCUCUCUUGCUCCAUGAAAUAGGUCAGUCCUCUCUUGUUUGGAAUUACACAUGUAUUCAAUUAAAUACUUAGUAGUCUGAGAUUCCCUAAGAAAAUAUAUAUAAUGAACGAUUUACCACUAGUAUAUCUUAUCUCCAGAAAGCAUGACGCUUGAUAAAAAGCACCAUUCUGGCUAAAAGUGAACGUUAAUCUACAAAUUUAUGUCCUAAAAACACAAGAUAAGAAGAGACUCUUUAUGACCAAAAGAUUAACUAACAAGCCAGAGGUCUUGAGAAAAAAUCCUGUCUCGGCUGGAUUUUGUAUGAACAAAGAGAAGGGUCAAGCCUAGUUGAAUGCAGUUAUACUGGCCUAUAUUUGGAUUUAAAUCCUAAGAGGGAUUCACCAAAAUAAUAUUAUAGCAAUUGAUAAACAGAGGUAAAUUAAUUGAAAGAUUAUCUUAUAAUGAAACAGGUUCAGUGCUAAUUGACACUGUUUAUAGUUCAUAACAGUUAUUUCAUAAGAUUAAUAAUAUGUU